AUGGCACACUUCGCGCAAGAGCAUGGAGUAUCACUGGAGCCAAGAAUCACGCUCUCGCACCAGAUUUCGUCAACAGGCUUCCUAGCACGAGAGAAUGCGGCGAUACUGAACGCAGCGCUGAGGCCACUUGCGGAGAAGACGAUCUCAGGUUUCCAGAAAGCAAUGCUUGAUACAUUCGGCGACUCGCCUUGCGCACUGUACCUCACCCAGAAUGACGGCAGCGUUCUCAGCGCUCGAGAAGCGGUUGAAUUGCCUAUUCGCACGUUCAAUUCAGGACCGACCAACUCAAUACGGGGCGGCAAGUUCCUCUGGGAGACCGCCAACACCGAGAUGGAUCAACCCGCUCAAGGCCCCACCGAGUCUCUGGCGGUAAUUGACAUUGGCGGCACGACAGCCGACUCUGGACUCCUUUUACCUAAUGGACUACCUCGAAUGAGCUCCUUGUUGAGUACGGUAGGCGGAGUCAGGACGAACUUCGCCCUGCCCGCAGUGGAAUCAAUCGGACUUGGCGGCGGCAGCGUCAUCAGAGAUGGAGGUGAGAGUGUUGGCCCUGACAGUGUUGCGCUGGAGCUGCGAUCACGAGCCAAGCUAUUCGGAGGUGACGUUUUGACGGCAACCGAUAUUGUGGCCGCUUCUGAAGCACACGGCCUGUCCCAACGAACUGAUCUGCAAGGGGUCGGCGAUCCUGCGCUUCUAUCGGAUAUCAGUACCGAAAUCGUGUCCAAGGCAAAGCGCAGGAUGCGACAACAAGUGGAGGAUCUAGUGGACCGCACGAAGAUCUCGAAAGGCGACGUUGACGUCCUCAUCGUUGGUGGAGGUGCUAUCUUGAUCGACACUGAUGAGCCAUUGAAGGGCGUACGAAGUGCACGACGCGUGAGAGGGGGAGAGGUCGCAAACGCGGUGGGUGCUGCGAUCUCCCGCGUGUCAGGGAUUGUCGACAUCGUUGCAGAUUUGUCGCAGCAGUCCAUCAAGCAAGCUCAAGCACAGAUCUCGAGGGCUGCAGUAGAGGCUGCAGUGAGCAAUGGCGCGGAGCCAGACUCAGUGGAGAUCGCCGAAGUCACGGUGCUGCCUGUACAAUACGUCGAUGCUAAAGCCCGGAUCGUUGCCCGCGCCGUAGGGAAGCUCGACGUCAUUGCUGCACCCACAGUGCAAGAGAACGCACUUCCAGCACCACCUGUGAGACGGCCUGUGAAUAGACCGACUGUGAAUAGACCGACGAAGAUCGCGAAAUCCGUGGAAAGCACCGAGGCCGACGAUCUUACUGAGUACAAGCCGACCAUCAAGAACGGAGAAUGGACACUCUCUGUGACAGACCUCACGUGGAUUUCCAGUGGAUGCAAAAUACUUGGUUGUGGUGGUGGAGGCGACCCCUACAGCAAUUUUCUCAAGGUCAAAUCCCUCAUUGAGCAAAAGCCUGGCUCGGUCAAGAUCGUCUCGGCUUUCUCUCUCGCGUCACACAAUACUGUUGGAUGGACGGGCUGCAUUGGGAGCCCCGAAGUUAGCUCAGAGCGUUUGGCAGCGGACGAAUGCGACAAAGCCCACCGGGAACUGGUGAAGGUGAUGCAGCUACCGCCGGUUGACGCUUUCAUGGCGCUCGAGAUCGGCGGAGGAAACGGACUUGUCAACUUCGAACUCGCAGCUGCACAUAACGUUCCGGUCGUCGAUGCUGACUUUAUGGGUCGAGCGUAUCCAACUGGAUGGCAAACGACACCGAAUGUGUACGGCUCAGCCAGAGGCGAGGCGUUGUUGCCGGCUACUAUUGCCAGCGGAGACGGCUCGUUCAUGACACUCACCUCUACACGAACCGAUCGGCUCGUGGACAAGAUCCUACGCGCUGCGUGUGUGGAGAUGGGUCUAUUGGCAGGCCAUGCAGCGCCUCCAAAGUCGGCACAAGCGGUCCAGGAACAAGGUGUUCUGAACACCGUUUCAUUGGCAUGGUCCAUUGGUAGAGCCAUUGAGCUGGAGAAGAAUGUUGCUGACAGACCUCAACGAAUCAUUGACGCUGUGGGAGGCAGUGAAACAGCUCGCGUUCUCGCUCAAGGGAAGAUCGUCAGUGUCGAGCGUGUGCUGCGAACAGGCCAUUCAUAUGGUGUAGCUGAGAUUGACGGAACACUUUCAGACGGCAGCAAGGCGACGGUGUCUGUGCCGUUCAAGAACGAAAACGCAUAUGUCGAGGCUGUCGAAGCAGGUCAAUCAUGCCCUCGCGUGCUUGCAUCCGUGCCGGAUCUUAUUGCUGUACUUGACGCAGAGACAGCCCAAGGGUUGGGGACGCCAAAUUACAAGUAUGGGCUCAAGGUUGUUGUCAUUGCGAUCACAGCAUCACCAAGAUGGACAGACACUGCAAGAGGACUGGAACUCGGCGGACCGGCCUCAAUGGGGUUCCCUGAGAUCGAAUACGUGCCUGUGGGAACGUUUCGCGUGCCGAAGAGUGUCAUCGAUCUGUAUGGAGGUUGA